GGCGGCGGAGAUGGGCAGUCGCUGUCCUCUUCCACCUUCAGCCUAGGAGCCACAACAUGCUGGGGGUUGCGCAGCCCAAGGCACCUGCCAGCUGCCUCCUCCCGGCCGUGGGCAGAGGCUCUGCGCGGGGGUUGCCGGGCGCCAUGGAGAGGCCGCCGCAGCCGCCGCUGCCGCUGCUGCCGCCCGUAACCUGAUCUGCCCCCCGCACGACACACUCUCACACACACACCAAUACCCGUUUGGUGCUACAUCAUCGACAGCCCGCGGAGCCCCCGAAAGCCAAAGCGAUCCUGCAGGAAGCCAGGCAUGGUGGAUCCGGUGGCGGAUGCGGGCGAGGAGAAAGACGCAGAGCCCGGGAGCGCGGCAGCAGCAGCAGCAGCAGGUGGAGACGAGGCCUCGGCGGCGGCGGCCCCGGCAGCAGCAGCAGCAGCAGCCAGUUCCUCCUCCUCGGCGGCGGCGGCGGAUGGGGCCUCUCCGGCGUCCGCCUCGGCGGAAGCGGCGGCUCCUCCUGGCGGAGACGCGGGGCAGCUGCGCGAGGAAUCGCCGAUGCUUCACCUGGACCUGUACAACUUCGACUGCGCCGAGGCCGAGGGCAGCCGCUAUGUGCUCACCAGCCCGCGCUCGCUGGAGGCGUGCGCCCGCUGCGCCGUCAAGCCGGUGGAGCUGCUGCCGCGCUCGCUGGGCGAGCUGGUCAAAGAGGCGCCCGGGCGCUCCAUGCGCGUGGCCGCCGGCCUCUACGAGGUCUACGAGAUGGACCGGCAGAGGAAGCUGCAGCAGUGCCGGGAGGAAAGGGAAAGGAUUAUCCGCGAGGAGAAGAGGAGGCUCUUCACGCCGCUCCUCACCGCCAGCCUGCCUUCCUCGCCGGCGCCCAGGAUCGCCUUCAAGAGCACCAGCGGCAGCUGCACCCCGGUAGGGCAGGCCAGGACCGGCUGCUUGCCGCCUCCUCCUGCUGCUGCUUCUGCUGCUCCCACGGGCGCCAGGACCAAGAAGAGCCACUCCCUGGACUCCUUGCAGAAGAGGAGGGAUGGCCACUCCACCAAAACCUCCUCCGACUCCGGGGCCUCCUCCUCCUACAGCGGAGACAGUUUCCGGGACAAGUGGCCCAAGGAGCUGCCCAGGACUAAGACGGUGGCAACCAUGACGGCUCUAGUGGGCCGCAGCUUCAGCUUGGGAGACCUGAGCCACUCGCCCCAGACGGCCAAGAAGGUGGAGAGGAUCGUCAAGGAGGUGAAGAGGAAGAAGGGCCUCAAGGAGGUGUCGGAGAGGGACCGGAAGAUCGCGGCGCUGAUGAUCGCCAAGCAGCAGGAGGAGAGCAUCUUGAAGGAGCAGAGGUACAGUGCCCACCUGCAGUGGGACAUCCAGCGGAGGCAGGCGGAGCAGAGGAGGGAGCGGGAGGAGAGGCAGAAGCAGAGGGCCUUGCUGCAGUGCCACCAGCUGUGGGAGUCGCGGCUGGAGAGGCGGCGCAGCAAGGUGAGCCAGGAGGAGCAGGCGGCCACCCUGCUGAAGCAGAAGCAGAGCUGGCAGCAGGAGGAGAAGUGGCGGGAGCACCUGGAGAAGCAGGAGAAGAUGAGGCGGGAGAGGCAGGAGAAGGCCCUCCUGGACGACAAGAAGAAGAAGCGCCACCAAGAGCACAACCUGAAGGCUCAGGAGGAGGUCAAGAAAGAGGCCAUGGAGCGAGAGGUGCAGCUGCUGCAGGAGAAGCUGUCCUUGGCGGCCCAGAAGAAGCUGAAGAAGGAGCAGCUGCUGCAGAGGGAGAAGCGGCUGCUCAACCAGGCUGAGAAGCGGAAGCACGAGAUCAUCCUCAAGGAGAAGGCCAAGCAGGAGGCCGAGGAGAAGGCGGUGCUGAGGGCUUCUGUGGAAGGGAGCCUCAACAAGGCCCAGGAGAAGUACGAGCAGCUGGUGGAGAAGAGGAACCAGGAGCUGAGGGAGAGAGCCAAGCGGGAGGAGAUGCAGCUCCAGAGGGCCAAGAAGGCAGCGGAGAGGCGGGACCAGGAGCAGAAGGAGUACUUGAAGGCCUUGGCCAGGGCUUCCGAGCGGAAGCUGCAGCAUGCGGCCCAGGUGGCCGAGGAAGUGGUGCAGCAGAAGGCCCAGAAGGUGGUGCAGAGCCGGCUGGAGAAGGAGAAGGUGCAGAAGGUGAACAAGAGGAAGGUGGAAGAGAACGAAGACAUCCGUCGCAGGGAGAUCUUGCAGUCCAUUGAGAAGAAGCUGGAGCGGAGCGAACAGAUCUGUAAGGAGAAAAAAAAUGUAUUGGAAAACGCCCGGUCUGUUGCUCGGGCAUCGUUCCAUGUCCGGGAAAAAGUCCGGGAAGAGAUGAACAUACGUACCUUUGACAGGAUGGCCUUUGAGGCGGAAUUGCAGGCCAGCCUGGUUAAGAAAUAAACAGUCUUUUUUUUCUAUUUCAGUUAAGUGGCAAAACCUUUUUUUAAAACCUUAUUUAUUGUUUCAGGGGAGCACAGAAACUUUGGCAGCUACUUCACAGAACUUUUUCAAACUGCAUUUGUUCAGACACCUGUUUCUGCCAUUCCUAAGGAGGAAAAGGUAUAUCUUACCCUCCACUGAAGAAAAUGUUGUUUACAAGGCUCAAAACAGGGACAAAUAAAUUUUCUACAACCUAGUGCUGCAGUAAAAGCUCCUCAGAAAAUCACGGGCCAUUUCAAUUCCUCCUGCAGAAAUUACCAAACAAGCAGCUGCUUCCUUUUUUUAUACACCUCACACUUAAUUUGGAUGCCAUUCGCUUUGGAUCAGGCUGCAGCAUUUGCAUGCUGAGACUUCCGCUCCCUUUAAUAUAUAAAGAUGAGUGUAUUUUACAGUGUUUUGGCUCAUAUGGUGCACUUUAUCCAUGCUCUUGGAAUGGAAACACUGGAGCUUGUAAUGGACAUUUCUAGACAAAAAAAUGCAAGUAAAAUUCUGAUUAGGCCUGAUCCAUGGCAUUAAGCAAUAUGCAGAAAUUCUGGUGCAAAUAAAACUAUAAACAUAUGGGAGGUGUUUUACAGCUCCUUUCAUCAA